AUGCUGCGCAAGCUAAGCCUGCGCCUUUCGGUGAGCAUUUGCCUCGGCCCUUUCUUUUUCCUCAGCUACCUUUGCUGGACGGGCUCGUGCGCACCAUCGCCAGAAAGUCCCAAGUUAAAAGUGCGCCGAUUGACCCAAGAAGGAAGCGUAGAGAGUCACACCAAUGCAAGACGCCAAAGUGCGAUAUACAAUCUGAGGGCAAGCCCCUUCUCCUCUGGCCAGCUCCUCCCCAAAACAUGGGAUGAGCCUGCCAGCGUGGCAUUGAAGUCGGAUGCGCAAGAAGAGAAUGCCAUGCAGAAGGAGCAACUCCCUUUCGAUAGGAGCGUUGAGCAAGGAUGGUCAGGUUGGCUGAUGGCGGCCUUGGGCAUCGUGGGUGUACUCUUCCCUCUGACGUACUGCAUAGUUCCGCACCUUCGCAAACUGCUGUGCACAUCCGGAUGCAUGGAUCCGUCGUAUCACGUGGUUCCAGACUCGGAGACGAUUGGACACGCCUCCAUCCAUUCUGAUGUGCCGAUGGAUGCAAGUUUGCCGCAGCUUGGAGCUGCUGCAACCGAGUACUUCUUCAUCGGGGAAGAGGAGACCACGACCACGAUGUCAGCCGGAAAUCCUCCGGUGCCCGCGACGCCUGCGACAGUGACGGCCACGGCGACCGAGUCUGAGCCGGAGGCAGAGUUGUACCCAGACACCGAGGAACCCGCUCGGCGAGCUUCGGAGAACUCACGCGACAGUGAGGAGUCACUAACACCAGAACGACCCCGGUCUCCCUGUGAGCUUGGUGUGUCCUUCCAGGCCGCAGCCGAGCCCGUUCUUCCUGUUCCUUGUGUCGUUGCCAAGUCGCCUGAGGCCGUGAACCUGGCGACGAAGUCCAGUUCCCUGUUGAUGUUGUACGCCUCCCCGCUCUGCCGCAUUGAUGCCUCCCGUGGAGCUACACCUCUGCCAAGCCUCGACUUCGAGCAAGAGUGGAGAAGCCUUGUGACGGCCUCGGUCGAAUCACCCAAUGGACCCUCCUUGGCAGCUCGCCCCCUGACGGCAGCAAGCCUUCAACGCAGCCUAUCGUACGGAAUUGCAACACGGAAAGACACCACAAUCCUUCACCUUUCUGCACAUGGUACCCCACAAGGCCUGGUCCUUGAAGAUGGCAAGGGGACGGCUCACCUCCUCAGCUGUGAACUUGUGAACGAGAUGCUGUCGCUGCGCGCCGGGGCAGCUCCCUUCCAGCUGGUGGUGGUGAACGCCUGCCAGUCCCAGGCAGUUGGCAAUGUCUUUGCUGACUCAGGCAUCCCUCACGUGGUCUGCUCCGAGGAUAAGAUCAUGGACACCUGGGUGCAGCUCUUCAUGCGCACGUUUUACACAGCAAUCUUUUGUGGCAGCACCGUGGCAGCAGCCUUCGAAGCCGCGCUCACUUCUUUGCGAUGCCAGCCGGGCAUUCCACAGGAGGGGUCAGCGGCCCAUGGCCGAUGGUCAAUGCAUGUCAAUGCACUGAUGCGCUUGAUGAUCGAUGAUGUGCUCCUGUUCUGCAGAGCUUUUGGAAGUCAGCGCGUAUCUGAGGAUCAUGACAAAGUCAUUUGUGCCACAAGGCCACGGCUUUGCCUCACUCGUGAGAACUGA